AUGUCGCUCAAUCUGGACGUGUCGAACGCCCAGGUGCUCAAGGACGAGCAGGGCCGCCCGUUCAUCGUGGUCAGAGACCAAGGGAAGAAGAAGCGGCAGUUUGGAAAUGAGGCCGUCAAGUCGCACAUCCUCGCCGCGCGGACGGUGGCCAACCUGGUCAAGUCGUCGCUUGGCCCGCGCGGCCUCGACAAGAUCCUCAUCUCCUCCGACGGCGACAUCACGGUGACCAACGACGGCGCGACCAUCAUGCAGCAAAUGGAGGUCAGCAACCACGUGGCCAAGCUGCUCGUGGAGCUGUCCAAGUCGCAGGACGACGAGAUCGGUGACGGCACCACGGGCGUCGUCGUCCUGGCCGGCGCCAUGCUCGAGCAGGCCGCCGACCUCAUCGACAAGGGCAUCCACCCCAUCCGCAUCGCCGACGGCUACGACCAGGCCUGCGACAUCGCCAUUGCCGAGCUCGACAAGAUCUCCGACACGAUAGACUUUUCGCGCGAGGAGACGGCCAACCUCGUCAAGGUGGCGCGGACCAGCCUGGGCAGCAAGAUUGUGUCCAAGUCGCACGACCAGUUCGCCAACAUUGCCGUCGACGCCGUGCUGUCGGUCGCGGACCUGGAGAGGCGGGACGUCGACUUUGAGCUCAUCAAGGUCGACGGCAAGGUCGGCGGCGCGCUCGAGGACUCGCUGCUGGUCAAGGGCGUCAUCGUCGACAAGGACUUUUCGCACCCGCAGAUGCCGUCCGAGAUCCGCGACGCCAAGAUUGCCAUCCUGACGUGCGCGUUCGAGCCGCCCAAGCCCAAGACCAAGCACCACCUGGACAUUACGAGCGUCGAAGAGUUCAAGAAGCUGCAAAACUACGAGCGGGAAAAGUUCAUCGAGAUGAUCCAGCAGAUCAAGGACACGGGCGCCAACCUGGCCAUCUGCCAGUGGGGCUUCGACGACGAGGCCAACCACCUGCUGCUGCAGAACAAGCUGCCGGCUGUGCGGUGGGUGGGCGGCCCGGAGAUUGAGCUCAUCGCCAUCGCCACCAACGGCCGCAUCGUGCCGCGCUUCGAGGACCUCAAGGCCGAGAAGCUGGGCUCCGCGGGCGUGGUCCGGGAGAUGACGUUUGGCACGACGCGCGAGAAGAUGCUCGUCAUCGAGGAGUGCGCCAACACGCGCGCCGUCACCGUGUUUGUCCGCGGCAGCAACAAGAUGAUCAUCGACGAGGCGAAGCGGUCGCUGCACGACGCGCUGUGCGUGGUGCGCAACCUGGUCCGCGACAACCGCGUCGUCUACGGCGGCGGCGCGGCCGAGAUUGCCUGCUCGCUGGCCGUCGAGGACGCGGCUGUGCAGACACCCGGCCUGGAGCAGUACGCGAUGCGCGCCUUCUCCGAGGCGCUCGAUGCCGUGCCGAUGGCGCUGGCCGAGAACAGCGGCCUCAACCCAAUCUCGACGCUGGCCGAGGUCAAGAGCCAGCAGGUCAAGGGCGGCCGCGGCAGGCUGGGCGUCGACUGCAUGGGCCGGGGGAGCAACGACAUGAAGGAGGCGUUUGUCAUUGACCCGCUGAUUGGCAAGAAGCAGCAGCUGCAGCUGGCGACGCAGCUGUGCAGGAUGGUGCUCAAGGUGAACAAUGUCAUUGUGUCGGGCGUAGACGAGAAUGACUUUUAG